CACCAGUGCCUUCUAGACCGGGAGCACCUCCCUCAGGAUGUUUUCUAUUCACACUCCCGCCAAAUAUGCCUCCAGUAAGGUCUACUGGUCCACCUGGAAGUCAAGCAUUGCCUUCUGCUUCUACAACAGCGCCUCCCAGGUCUUUACACCCUUCCUCGGGCACUCUGAUUUGUCCCCCAUUCUGGUUUGCCAUUGUCUAGUGAUUUCUGGUCUUCAGGGUUUUCCAUGGUGUAUAUUAUUUUCACUGUUUAGUAGAAUUAGAUUUUUUUUCUUAAUCACUUUCUAAUACUAUAAAUUAUGCAAUUGUCAAUAAUAUUCAUCCUGAAUUCAACCCAAUUUCAUUACUCUUACAAAUUAGAGCACAUUAACUUCAAUACUACGUCAAACAACUUUAAUGCCACGUUCUCCUCCUUCCUCUCCCUCUCCUCCCACACUUGAGAACUCUGAGAACUUGCAGAUAUACAAGAAGAGCAACUCAGAGAACAAUUCUAACAGAUGGGGGAUUCUCGAGUGGAGACAAUCUCGAGAUUAGCACAAUGGAAAAUCGAAAAUUUUGGAACUUGCUCUUACAAAAAAUCCGAAGCUUUCAAGGUCGGCAUUUGGAACUGGUAUUUAUCCGUAGAGAAAAAUCGUUAUCUGUAUGUACGACUAUUUCCAGAACCAUCCCGUUUGGCAAAAGAACAACCUCCUAUUGCUAGUUUCAUUCUUCGAGUCUCUAUUGCUGGCGCUAACCGCAAACCAUACAUCUCUCCGGUUCAUGAGAGAUUGCUUCAGAGUUGUGAAGACUUUGUCUGGCCUGUUGAUUCUACGUUCCAGGGUCGCUUCAUUAUCGAUGUUGAGUUUCUGGACCUGAAAGUGUGUCCUCUUAAUGGUGGGGAGCCCAGUUCUAUAUGGCCCUGUGAUGGAUUGAUGCAAUCGGUCUCAUCCCAAAGCACUCUUCGAUGCCUCUCGCGCAUGCUUGAUGAAGGCAUCCACACAGAUGUUGCCAUCCAUGCUGCUGAUGGCACUCUGAGAGCCCACAAGGCAGUUCUGGCUGCGAGUUCUCCUGUUUUCCAGAGCAUGUUCCAUCAUAAUCUGAAGGAAAAAGAAUCCUCCAUAAUCAACAUAGAAGACAUGUCGGCAGAAUCUUGUAUGGCCCUUCUCAGUUACUUGUAUGGAACCAUAAAACAAGAGGAUUUCUGGAAGCACAGGCUGUCACUGCUGGGGGCAGCGAACAAAUAUGACAUUGCUGAGUUAAAAGAUGCCUGUGAGGAUAGUCUCAUGGAAGACAUCAACACAGCGAAUGUCCUCGAGAGGCUGCAGGAAGCCUGGCUAUACCAGUUGAACAAGUUGAAGAAAGGAUGCUUGAUGUAUUUGUUCGACUUUGGCAAGAUAUACGAUGUUAGAGAUGAAAUCAAUAAUUUUUUCAGGCAAGCAGACAGGGAACUUACUCUGGAGAUGUUCCAAGGAGUGCUUAAAGUUUGGAACCCUGUAUCAACUUAGGCCCUGCCUCACGACAUGGGUUAUAGAAUUCUUUUUUUAAUCUCUGGAUGCUGAUUUUUGAAAAAAUUGAAUUUUUCAAUAAUUUAAAUGUCAAAACAUGUGACUU